ACCUCGCCUUCUCCCGCUGCGGCGCAGACGCUGUCCAGGGUGCUGAAGGGCGGCUCGGUGCGAAAACUCCGCCGUGCCAAGCAGCUGGUGCUCGAGCUGGGCGAGGAGGCGAUCCUGGAGGGCUGCGUCGGGCCUCCGGAGGAAGCAGCUGUGGGGCUGCUCCAGUUCAACCUCAGCGAGCUGUUCAGCUGGUGGAUUCACCACGGGGAAGGGCGGCUGAGAAUUCGCCUGAUGCCCGAGAAGAAGGCUUCGGAACUGGGGAAGGUGGGAAGGCUGUCCUCCGCAAUCCGCGCCUCCCAGCCCCGCCUUCUCUUCCAGAUCUACCAGACCGGUCAUAACACCUUGGAGUCACCAACAAACAUGCCUUCUCCUCCUGAUUAUUUUUUGUGGAAUCUGACCUGGAUAAUGAAAGAUUCCUUCCCUUUCCUGUCUCAUCGCAGCCGAUAUGGUUUGGAGUGUAGCUUCGACUUCCCCUGUGAGCUGGAAUAUUCUCCUCCACUGCAUAACCUUGGGAACCAGAGCUGGUCCUGGCGCCAUGUGCCAGCUGAGGAGGCCUCCCAGAUGGACUUGUUGGAUGGACCUGAGGCAGAACAUUCUAAGGAGAUGCCCAGAGGCUCCUUCCUCCUCCUCAACACCUCAGCAGACUCCAAACAUACCAUUCUCAGCCCAUGGAUGAGGAGUAGCAGUGAGCUCUGUACGCUAGCUGUCUCUGUGCACAGGCAUCUGCAACCCUCUGGGAGGUACAUUGCCCAGCUGCUGCCCCACAAUGAGGCCGCGAGAGAGAUUCUCCUGGUACCCACGCCAGGGAAGCACGGCUGGACAGUGCUGCACGGAAGAAUCGGGCGCCUAGAGAACCCCUUCCGAGUGGCCCUGGAAUACAUCUCCAGUGGAAACCGAAGUCUGUCUGCGGUGGACUUCUUUGCCCUGAAGAACUGCAGUGAAGGAACGUCCCCAGGCUCCAAGAUGGCCCUGCAGAGUUCCUUCACUUGUUGGAAUGGCACAGUCCUCCAGCUCGGGCAGGCCUGCGACUUCCACCGGGACUGCGCCCAGGGAGAAGAUGAGGGCCAGCUGUGCAGUCAGUUUCCUGCUGGUUUUUACUGUAACUUUGAGGAUGGUUUCUGCGGCUGGAUGCAAGGCACCCUCUCACCCCACGUGCCCUGGUGGCAGGUCAGGACCCUGAAGGAUGCCCGGUCCCAGGACCACCAAGACCAUGCCCUGUCGCUCAGCACCACGGAUGUCCCCGGUCCUGAAAGCGCUACAGUGACCAGUGCGACGUUUCCUGCUCCGAUGAAGAACUCCCCAUGCGAGCUCAGAAUGUCCUGGCUCAUCCGUGGAGUCUUAAGGGGAAACGUGUCCUUGGUGUUGGUGGAGAACAGAACUGGGAAGGAACAAAGCAGGACGGUCUGGCACCAGGCUGCCAGUGAAGGCUUGAGCUUGUGGCAGCGGGCAGUGCUUCCUCUCUUCAACGUGUCCGACAGGUUCUGGCUGCAGAUGGUCGCAUGGUGGGGGCAAGGAUCCAGAGCCACCGUAGCUUUUGACAAUAUCUCCAUCAGUCUGGACUGCUACCUCACCAUCAGUGGGGAGGACAAGAUGCCCCAGACUGAAGAACCCAAAUCAAGAAAUCUAUUUGAGAGAGACACAAACAAGGAGCCAAAGUCCUGGGAAAACAUACCAAGGCAGACUCCCAUCUUCGACCCUACAGUUCACUGGCUGUUCACCACAUGCGGGGCGAGCGGGCCCCAGGGCCCCACUCAGACCCAGUGCAACAACGCCUACCAGAACUCCAACCUGAGCGUGGUGGUGGGGAGCGAAGGACCCUUGAAGGGCAUCCAGAUCUGGAAAGUGCCAGCCACUGACACCUACAGCAUCUCUUGCUAUGGAGCCGCUGGCGGGAAAGGCGGAAAGAACACCAUGACACGGUCCCACGGCGUGUCUGUGCUGGGCACCUUCAACCUGGAGAAGGACGACAUGCUGUACAUCCUCGUCGGGCAGCAGGGAGAGGACGCCUGCCCCAGUACCAACCAACUAAUCCAGAAAGUCUGCGUUGGAGAGAGCACUGUGAUCGAAGAAGAAAUUCGUGUGAACAGAAGUGUGCAUGAGUGGGCAGGAGGAGGAGGAGGCGGGGGUGGAGCCACCUAUGUGUUUAAGAUGAAGGAUGGGGUGCCUGUGCCCCUCAUCAUUGCAGCCGGAGGUGGCGGCAGAGCCUACGGGGCCAAGACAGACACAUUCCACCCAGAGAGACUGGAGAAUAACUCCUCGGUCCUAGGGCUGAACGGCAAUUCCGGAGCCGCAGGUGGUGGAGGUGGCUGGAAUGAUAACACUUCCUUGCUCUGGGCCGGAAAAUCUUUGUUGGAGGGUGCUACCGGAGGACAUGCCUGCCCCCAGGCCAUGAAGAAGUGGGGUGCUGCAGGUGGCAGUGCAGCCGCAAACAAUGACCCCGAAAUGGAUGGGGAAGAUGGGGUUUCCUUCAUCAGUCCCCUGGGCAUUCUGUACACCCCGGCUUUAAAAGUGAUGGAGGGCCACGGGGAAGUGAAUAUUAAGCAUUACCUAAACUGCAGUCACUGUGAGGUAGACGAAUGUCACAUGGACCCUGAGAGCCACAAGGUCAUCUGCUUCUGUGACCACGGCACGGUGCUGGCUGAGGACGGCAUCUCUUGCAUUGUGUCGCCCACCCCAGAACCUCACCUGCCUCUCUCGCUGAUCCUCUCCGUGGUGACCUCUGCCCUGGUGGCCGCCCUUGUCCUGGCUUUCUCAGGCAUCAUGAUAGUGUACCGCCGGAAGCACCAGGAGCUGCAGGCCAUGCAGAUGGAGCUGCAGAGUCCUGAGUACAAGUUGAGCAAGCUCCGCACCUCCACCAUCAUGAGCGACUACAACCCCAAUUACUGCUUUGCCGGCAAGACCUCCUCCAUCAGUGACCUGAAAGAGGUGCCGCGGAAAAACAUCACCCUCAUUCGGGGUCUGGGCCAUGGCGCAUUUGGGGAGGUGUACGAAGGCCAGGUCUCCGGAAUGCCCAAUGAUCCGAGCCCCCUGCAAGUGGCUGUGAAGACGCUGCCGGAAGUGUGCUCAGAGCAGGACGAAUUGGACUUCCUCAUGGAAGCCCUGAUCAUCAGCAAAUUCAACCACCAGAACAUCGUGCGCUGUAUCGGGGUGAGCCUGCAAGCCCUGCCCCGCUUCAUCCUGCUGGAGCUCAUGGCAGGCGGAGACCUCAAGUCCUUCCUCCGGGAGACACGCCCUCGCCCAAGCCAGCCCUCCUCCCUGGCCAUGCUGGACCUGCUGCACGUGGCUCGGGACAUUGCCUGUGGCUGUCAGUAUCUGGAGGAAAACCACUUCAUCCACCGGGACAUUGCUGCCAGGAACUGCCUCCUGACCUGUCCCGGUAGUGGAAGAAUAGCGAAAAUUGGAGACUUUGGGAUGGCCCGAGACAUCUACAGAGCCAGCUACUACAGGAAGGGAGGCUGUGCCAUGCUGCCCGUCAAAUGGAUGCCUCCUGAGGCCUUCAUGGAAGGAAUAUUUACUUCUAAGACAGACACAUGGUCCUUCGGCGUGCUGCUGUGGGAAAUCUUCUCUCUGGGGUACAUGCCGUACCCCAGCAAGAGCAACCAGGAGGUUCUGGAGUUCGUCACCAGUGGAGGACGGAUGGACCCACCUAAGAACUGCCCCGGACCUGUGUACCGGAUAAUGACUCAGUGCUGGCAACACCAGCCUGAAGACAGGCCCAAUUUUGCCAUCAUUCUGGAGAGGAUCGAGUACUGCACACAGGAUCCGGAUGUCAUCAACACGGCUCUGCCGGUGGAGUACGGCCCGCCCGUGGAGGAGGAGGAGAAAGUGCCCAUGCGGCCCAAAGACCCCGAGGGGAUGCCGCCCCUGCUGGUGUCCCCGCAGCCCUCCAAGGGGCAGGAGGAGCGCGUCCCACAGCAGGGCUUACCCCUGGAGGCCGCCGCCCCUGGAGCUGGGCACUGUGAGGACGCCGUGCUGAAGAGCAAGGGCAGCGCCAGCCAGCCUGGGCCCUGA